GCUGUUGCUGUUCCCAGGCCUGAAAGAACAGACACAGAGUCAAUAGAGGCAGAAAAGUGAAGGGCUGGAAGAUACAACCUUCUGCAGUUUGGACACCCGCUGGCUGUAGGAACUGAAGGGUUUACUUACUGCUCCUGUCAUGCUGGCUGCAAGUGGGGCGCGUAUCCGUCUCCAGUUUGGGCGCCUCCUGGCUGAAGGGCAACUUGACUUCCCUCCACGAUGGCCCCCUUUUGUAUCCAGAAGCAUGGGCCCCACAUCCCUAUUCUGUACUGGACAGAACUGGAACUCAAAGAACUCAGCUGAGAAGACGCACAAAGUGCCCGGUGGCCACAAACCUUCCACGUUUGACAAGAAAAUUCUUCUGUGGACUGGGCGCUUCAAGAGAGAAGAUGAGAUUCCUCUGAGGAUCCCGCCAGAGAUGCUGGAUGCUGCAAGGAACAAAGCUCGAGUCAAGGCCUGUUACAUCAUGAUUGGACUUACAAUUGUGGGUUGCUUUGUAGUGGUUGUCUCGGCUAAAAGAGCUGUUGAACGCCACGAGUCCCUUACAAGCUGGAACUUAGCAAAAAAAGCCAAAUGGCGUCAGGAGGCUGCAUCAGAGACAGAGACAAAGGCUAAAUAGUCAUGUGUGCUGUUGAAAUUGGAGGUGUGCUUUGAAGAAAGAAAUGUUUUCCAGCAAAAUGGAUGAAAUUCUACUCCUGGUGAAAAGAAUAAGGAGAAAUUAAAUGCAAUUUAUUAAUAGCAACCUUUGUUUACGCUAGUGAGAGAGGAUUGUUUUCAUGUCACAAGUAGCCAAUAAAAGGGACUAGAAUAUGA